AUGCCCUUUCUGGAGUGGGUUUCACGGCGGUUCAAGAAGCAACCACGGCCCUUGCGCAGAAGGAGAAUUGUUCAAAAGUUGAGUAGUCUUCGCCAGCAGGACUACCGUACAUUGCUCGAGGAGUGCUUGAAGAAAAAUUGCCUCUUUGAGGAUGAGAACUUCCCAGCUGAUAUCAGGUCCAUUGGAACAGGGCCGCUCCUUGAGAAACUGCCUCAGAAACUACAGUGGAAGAGGCCACACGAGCUGCAUAAGACUCCAGUGUUUUACGAUGCACACACCAAACGCCUUGCCCUGUGUCAAGGACUGAUAGGAGAUUGCUGGUUUUUGGCUGCCUUGGAAGCUUUGACUUUUCAUCAAGAUAUCUUGUCUCAAGUUGUGCCACAAAACCAAAGCUUUGAGAGGAAGAAGUAUGCUGGCAUAUUCCAUUUCAAGUUUUGGCAUUUUGGUAGAUGGGUUGAUGUGGUAGUAGAUGAUCGACUACCAGUAAAUGAAGACGGUCAACUUGUUUUUCUCUCAUCUGUUUAUAAAAACCUGUUCUGGGGAGCUCUUCUGGAAAAGGCUUAUGCCAAGCUGUGUGGUUCCUAUGAAGAUUUACAGAUUGGGCAAGUAUCAGAAGCUCUGGUAGACUUUACUGGUGGAGUGAACAUCACAAUAAAACUGGCUGAAGCCCCACCUGACCUCUGGGAUAUAUUGACAAGAGCAACUUACAGCAGAUCUCUGAUAGGCUGCCAGACCCAUGUAGGGAAAACAAGAGUCCUCGAGAAUGGGCUGGUAGUGGGCCAUGCCUAUACAAUGACUGGCAUACGAAAAGUGACUUGCAAACACAGACCUGAAUAUUUAGUAAGACUACGAAAUCCUUGGGGGAAGGUUGAAUGGAAAGGUGAUUGGAGUGACAGGUCUGGGAAAUGGGAACUACUCAGCCCCAAAGAGAAGAUUUUGCUGCACAGAAAUGGCGAUGAUGGGGAGUUCUGGAUGUCUCUGCACAAUUUUAAAACCCAUUUUGACAAUCUGAUUAUCUGCAAAUUAACACCUGACCUUAUGAGCCAGGAAGAUGGAAAGAAGUGGAUGUCUUCCCUGCAGUUUGGCAGAUGGGACAAAGGAGUCACAGCAGGGGGCAGGUUGAGGACCCACAAAGAUACAUUUUGGAUGAAUCCCCAAUACCAGCUGAAAGUUCUGCAAGGAAACGGGAGCAAGAGAUCCUUGUACUCUUGCAGUGUGUUGGUGUCUCUGAUCCAAAAACACAACAGCAAACACCGGAAUCAGAUGCCUCAUCUUCACAUAGGCUUUUAUGUCUAUAAGAAGAAUCGGUACCAUGGGAGCAAUAAAAGACUACCUCCCGAAUUCUUUGUCCAGAACCCACCUUUGAAUAGCUCCCCAGUCUUUGUGAACGACCGUGAAGUGACUCAGGAUUUCCGGCUGCCCCCUGGAGUCUAUGUCAUUGUACCUGCCACCUCCGAACCUCACCAAGAGUCAGAGUUCCUCUUGCGUGUCUUCUCCAGGAAACAUACUCUUCAUGAAAUGGGUGGAAAUUCAAGUCUUGUACUUUCAAAGGAAAUUGUUGACAAAUACGAUGGCAAAAUUUGGGAGGAUUUCUUCAGGAAGUACUUUGAAAAACAUCCUGAAAUAAAUGUCGUCCAGCUCCAGUGGCUCCUGAACAUGGCCUGGACAAACCUUCAGAACAAUAGGAUGCUGUUCAGUCUGGAUGCCUGCCGGAGUAUCCUGGCUGUUCUAGACUUUAAUGCUACUGGCACACUGAGCAUUCAAGAAUUCAGAAGUCUGUGGAAGAGUCUGCUUCAUUAUCAGAAAGUUUUCCAGAAAAAAGACACCUCCCAAACUGGAACCCUAAGCCUAGAAGAGUUGCAUGCAGCCUUGAAAGAAAUUGGAACCUCCCUGAGUGAUGAAGUCUGCAAUUUGAUGGUGCUCCGAUAUGGGGAUCCUGACCUGAAAAUUAGCUUUCAGAGCUUUGUCUGCUUCAUGCUGCGUGUGGAAUUUAUGAAGGAGGCCUUCUGCAACUUAACUAAAGAUGGGAAAGGGAUCUAUCUUCAAGAGAAUGAGUGGAUGAUGAUGACUCUUUAUUCAUGA